AUGAUACUAGCAGAAGACGCUUACCUUAUCCGUGCCGCGGUGACCGCUGCAGAAUUGGUAGUUGAUAAAGAUCAAAUAGCAACCAACCUUAAUUCAAAAUCAAGUCUACUUUCAUCAGUAUCUUUUGGUAAUAAUAGAUCAUCCUCAGAAUCGACAGUCUUUACAAGAGGAACCAGAACCAACAAUGGAUAUUCACCUAUGUUUGGUGGUUCGUUCCCAUAUGGUGGGUUACAAUUUCAAUUUUGUAGUAACCCUGAAAUGCCAGGUAUUGCCAUAUACUUUAGAAAUAAAGGACUUAAAUUAUUAGCUUCAGGAGAUAUUUGCCGUUUCCCACUUAUAAUAUUCCAAUCUGAAUUGCAUAAUCACACUGUGAUUGGACAGCAACAUAUUGAAAUUACUACAUUAUUAAAAAUUGUUCUUGACUUUGAUAAGAAUAAUUAUUAUCUUCCAGUGAAGGGUCCAUAUAGUUGGGUAUCAUACAAUUGGCCCAUAUCUGAGGAUAAAUUGGAACCUAAAACUUAUUUUGGAUAUUUUGAUCCAGAGACAAGAAAAGACUUGACUAACGGUAAGAUCUAUUAUAAUGGUUAUGGUGAUAGUUUAAACAUUGAAAAGUUAACGACUGGUGUACCAAAUACAACAGUUCUUCCAACCAUCGUUGAUGAUGUCAUAACCCAAACCACUCAAACAGUCAGUAUCAAUAGUAUCCUUAGUGAUAAUUUCAUAACCGCUGCACUUCUGAUAGCUGUUUUAUUAGUGUUGGCAUUACUAGUUAUACUAACCGUACUCGUAUUGGUUGCUUUAAUUGAUAUUUUAUUCGAAAGAUUUCAUGGAAAUAAUAUAGUUAGUUCUAAUAACCUCAUGCACCCUUACUAA